AUGAGAGUUUUAAUUGUAGAUGCCUUUUCUAUACGAAGAAAUAAAAUAUUGAUGUUGACGGAAAUUGGACUCCGAGGCUCACUCCCAAUGGAGUAGAGCAGUUCGGAUCAUCCUGAUGUAGCUAAAGUAGGGCCUCUGUCGGCCUUCAGGCUUGAGGAUGCCUUGCGGAGAGGGAAGUUUUGUUUCUCUCCAAAGGUUUUCCAGACCCUUCCAGAUGUUCUAGACUCGCAUAAUCUUUGUCUAUGGGACUAUCGGGGCAUCCUACAGAGGUGGCUCUAACCUAGAGAUCUUAUCCUUAGGUUAGAUCAAACUCGCAAGGAAUUCAAGAGGGCUGAAUUUUGGUUGGGCUCACACCUUUUGCACUCAGGUGUAAUAUGCACCCAGUGCUAGCCUCUUUUCCUGGAGUUAAGGUAGUCCUGCUAGUGGGGGGGGUCCGCUCACAGCCGCGUAAAAUCUUAACCUCAAUCUUAUCUUUUCUAUAGGUAGCGAAGGCCGCAGAUCGUUUAACAACUUUAAAACCCUAGUCAAAAAAGCGUUUACUUUUCAAAAGAUGUAUAACGUCGAAGACAUUGAAUUUAUUGAAGUCGACCAUAGCUCAAUUGAUACUUAUUUAUAUGAGCUAAAUGCAGGUUUUUCUAGCAAAGAUGCAGAAAAGCUAUUUGAUCAUCUUGAUUUUGUGUUUAUUGAUGGAGAUUCAAAUUUACUGCCUUGGCUUCAGCAUACUCGCAAGUUUUUAACUUUGAUAAGAAUGUGCAAAAAAACUAAAAAAAUUCUUUUUGCAGCUUCUUUUGCCAUGCAGACUUUGGUGUUUUUGUGUGCGACAAGCUUUAAUGUGGGAAGAGUUAUCAAUGGAAAAGGAAGAGGGAGCUCUUUACAUGAAAUUCACAAUCUGCCAAGGGAAAGCUUAAGCAAACUUUCCCUAGGGGAUGUAUUUUUAGAUAAUUCAACCGGGGAUAUUUUUUGUUAUGAUGGGCAUAGGAACGAAUUUUACCCUGUCGCAAAUGCAGGGCUGCAUAAUAAUAAAGCAGCACAAGAAAAUGAAAAAGUAAGCAAAGCAAUUUUAAGAACCUAUAAAUAUUCAGCAAAAAAUGUAGAUAAAAUUGACGAAAUAUAUAUAGGAAAAUCCACCGAAACUAAAGUAAGGAUUUUUAAACAGUUUGUCCAGCAUUGGCUUUUAAAAGGGGUAGGGUUUGAUGAAUUUUUAGUUCCUAAUUUAAAUAAAUGGGACGUCCACCCAAUAAAUGCGACGUUAAAAGAAAAUGUUUUAUCUGUAUUAGCAGAAUCCCAGCGUGGACCACAGAUAAUUGUACAUAAUAAUGCAGUUGGAGUGCAAUUCCAUGUCAGCUCGAAAUAUCCUAUGACAUUUUUAAUUUUAAAAAAUUUUGUGGUACAUAUGAUGGACAGAUUUCAGAACGAAAAAGAUAAAUUUGAUUUACCUCUUCAUUCGGUCACAAAAGCUGGGUUUUAUUAUACAGGAUUUGGUGCUAGCCGAAAUGGUUCCCAAGAUACACAAAAUGCUAAUGAUUCAGAAAAAUACGGGCUUCAGGCUAAUGAGGCAAGACAUUCAGGAUUUGCGUUUUCUUUGAGAAAUGGAGAACCAUUGACCGUGAAAAUUAAUUCUACUACUUCACAAGCUAUCAAACUAAAAAAGAUGGCAAGACCAAGGAGCCAGGAGAGUUUUGAUAGUAGCUUUUCAGAUAACAAUAGUAUGUUGAGAGAGCCUGUAAAAAGGACAGCUACCAAUAAAAAAGUUGAUUUUGCGUUAAAAAGAACUUUGUCUUCAGGCAGAGAUCAAGUUAUAGAUAAUAGGAUAAUAAGGCCGAUUGAUGCUGAAUAUGCAAACUCACUUGGAAGUCAAGUGAUUGAAUCACUUCCAGAAGCAUGGAAAAGCAAAAAAGAAAUCAGAUCACUUUUGCACCCAGGGUAUGCUACACAUUUAAUUCCAAAAAGAGGGAAUAUUCUAAAUGGCACUAAUCUUACUCUAACAAAAAAUGAUUAUCAUUAUUAUGAGAAGCCAGUAGUCAGAGUUACGAUUUCUCCUAAGUUUUAUUGUCGGUAUAAUAGAGAAUUUAAAGAAAAAGAAAGCCAGGAGCUCAUGAGAACUAGAAGUGGAAGCUUAGGAGCAACACUGAGAAAUGACGGAACUCCUUAUAUUGAGCCAGACAAAUUGAAAAGGCAAGAAGAAAUUAGAGAAAAAUCAAGAUGAAUGGACAAGAGAGAUUUCCAUAGAGUCUUCUCUGAAUCUGCAAUUACUAGACAGAGGGCAAACACAUUUAAUUCGCUUUCUUCUAUUUUCAAUGAAAAAUAG